AUGGUUCACUACAAGCUCUCCUAUUUCCCGAUUCGUGCAUUGGCUGAGACCGCCCGGCAACUCUUCGCCCUCGCCAACGUCGACUUCGAGGACGAUCGAGUGCCCCGUGAGCAAUGGCCUGAUUUCAAGCCAAAGACUCCAUUCGGACAAAUGCCCGUGUUGGAGGUGGAUGGGAAAGCGCUCGCCCAAUCCCGAGCCAUCUACCGUUAUUUGGCCAAGAAAUUCGGUUUCGCUGGGAAGGAUGACUGGGAAUCUGCUCAAAUCGACGCAUGGGCUGAUCAAUUCGUCGAUUACAACAACGAGCUCCGGCCAUACUUUGUCGUUGUUGCUGGUUUUGGAGAAGGCGACAAAGAGAAAUUGUACGCGGAUGUGGUGGAGCCGGCUAGGGAGAAAUUCCUUCCAUUGGUCGCCAAGCAACUCAAGGAGAACGGAUCCGGGUUCUUGGUUGGUAGCAAAGUGUCAUGGGUCGACUUGCACUUGGCCGGUCACAUCGAGACUUUCCUCAGCUUCGUCCCGCACUUCGCUGACAAGUAUCCCGAGGUGGUUGCUCAUCAGAAGAAAGUGCACGCGAUCCCGGAGCUGAAGAAAUGGAUCGAGAAGCGCCCACAGACCCCCUUC